AUGGCCAGGAAAGCUCAACAACAGCGAGGAAGGCAAAUGCUACUGUACCAGAAGGAGCUAAGGAUCAACGGAACUUUAGCAACAGAUCAGUCCCUGACUGUGCCAAAUUAUCAGCCUCAUAGGACCCUGGAGCGACUAAAGAGAUGGAAGAGACUAAUGGCCAUGGAAAAUAUGACAGUGAGAAGUGAUCUGUUGGUAGGAAAUGAGGCCAAGGAAACUGAUACGGUGACCAAAAGACCGAGGGAGGUGACAGAAGAGGAACAUCAGAAGCUGGGAAGCAAAGCUCAGUGUCUGGAGGGCCACAAAAGGAGCAUUUCAACUAUGACCAAUUUGAUUUCUUUUUUUGACAGCGAAUUGACAAUGCAGGAAGCACUGAAGUGA